AUGCCGAUCCCCCUGGUCCCUGCCGCUUCCACGGUCCCUGCCACCCACAGCCCCCGGUCUCUGCCGGCCGCCCGCCCCACCUUCCCGUCCCUGAUUCCCCUGCUCUGUAGACAAGCUUACAGCCUCGAGCAUCUGGGGCCUCAGCAUCUGAUGGCAAAAAUUCCACGUGUGAAGCCACUAAAUUUCUGGAUAAUCGAGAGGUCCGAUUCUGGUGGACGGAAGAUUCCUGAGACUGUUGUCCCAGAGGGUCGCUGCUCUGGGAAGAGACCAGGCUGGUUAAACGGUUCCCAUCCCACCACGACAGAGGGGGAGGUGACGAGGAGAGUUUGUUUCAUCGGGGAUGGAAGCAACGGGAAUGGAAGCAACGAGGAUGGAAGCAACGAGAAGGGAAGCAACGAGGAUGGAAGCAACGAGAAGGGAAGCAACGAGGAUGGAAGCAACGAGAAGGGAAGCAACGAGAAGGGAAGCAACGAGGAUGGAAGCAACGAGAAGGGAAGCAACGAGGAUGGAAGCAACGAGAAGGGAAGCAACGAGGAUGGAAGCAACGAGAAGGGAAGCAACGAGAAGGGAAGCAACGAGGAUGGAAGCAACGAGAAGGGAAGCAACGAGAAGGGAAGCAACGAGAAGGGAAGCAACGAGAAGGGAAGAAACGAGAAGGGAAGCAACGAGAAGGGAAGCAACGAGGAUGGAAGCAACGAGAAGGGAAGCAACGAGGAUGGAAGCAACGAGAAGGGAAGCAACAAGGAUGGAAGCAACGAGAAGGGAAGCAACGAGGAUGGAAGCAACGAGAAGGGAAGCAUCGGGGAUGGAAGCAACGGGGAUGAGAACAACAGGAAAGGAGACGACACUUGCAGUGGGAGCCUGAAUAUCAAGAUCAGAAACUGCACUGAUUACUUUGUGUAUCAGCUGAAGCCGACACCCAGUGAUGCCACUGUGUAUUGUACAGCCGCAGACUCCGCACUCGGUGAUCCGUGUGUAACGCACACCAUCCUGGAUCAGCCCUGGAGGAGCACAGGUUGUUCCAACACUGAGUGUUCUGGUGGCAAAUGCAUGAAUGAUGACAGCCGUACAGAAGGAUGGUACAGAUUUAAGAGCUCCGGUGGAUGGAGGAUGCCUGAGACGGCUGUUUCAGUGAAUCACUGCUCCGGGACGAGUCCAGGCUGGUUAAACGGUGCCCAUCCCAGUGUGGGAGAGGGAGAGGUGACCAGGACCGUCUGUUUCUCCUGGGAUGGAAACACCUGCAACACAAACCGGGAGAUCAAGAUCAGAAACUGCGGCGGUUACUUUGUGUACUGGCUGAAGCCAACACUCUGCUGUAACAAGGUUUAUUGUACAGACACGGAGACUUCCACAAGGGAACAACCCAAGUCUUCUGUCCCAGUAGGGGACACAUUCUCAGACCCAGAGACUUCCACAGAGGAUCAGCUCAAAAGAUCAUCAACUGGAGACCCCACCCAGGAAUCAUCCUCUGUCCCAGCAGGAGACACAUCCUCAGAUCUGCAGACUUCCAAAGGUGAAGAUCACAAAGGGUCACCAACUCCAGCACCCACCCAGGAACCAUCCCCUGCCCCAAAGGGAGAGACUUGCUCAGUCGAGGGGCUCCCGACAGUGGAGGAAUGUGAGAAGAUGAUCCGCGAGGCCCAGGUGUUGUACAUUGGGCAGGACGACCAGGAAAUCUCCGAGGAGAUGAAGGAGCAUCUCCAUAAGGUGUUGAUGGAGCAGCUUCCCUGCAAGUACGUCCUGUCCGAUGCAGAAGGGGAAGAGUGGAGAAAACGCAGGAAGAGGGAAAGGAAUUGAUGCAGAAGAUCCUGGAUUGUGCUCACCCAAUGUCCCACAGCAUCAUGGAUUGCA